AGCCCUAGAUCCUUUGUUCUUCGAAACCCCCUAAAUCUUCUGGUAAUAACCAGCAACCAUUCCAGUAUUUACUUCCAUGUUUCCAACGGCUCAGUUUCCAGAAAUCGAGAAAGCUUGCUUCCUGCAAUCGAUGAUGCCUGCAGAUCAAACUGAUUCUUUCUUCUUCGACCCAUAAAUCCUCUAGAACCACUCUUGAUUCCUUCUUCGUCGACCCCUAAAUCCUUUUGUAAAUCUCGAUUCCUUCUUCUUCUUCGAACCUUAAAACCCUUGCACCUUGUCUUGUGAUUCAUUCUUCUUCAAACCCGAACCCGAAAUCAUCUGCAUUUUUUGUUCCUCCUUCUUCCCGUGAACCCUAAUCCUCUGCUAUUUGUCUUGGGUUUGUGAGAAUCAUAAAAUGGAAGCUGGUUCUGCACGGAGUUUGGGUUCGGGUUCAGGUUCAUUUGAGAGUGGAAGCUUUGCAGAAUGUACAGAGUCCAGAAGUGGAGAUAAUAGAUGCAACUGUGGGUUAAAUGCUGUUAUUCGGACUUCCUUUACUUUCCAAAGCAUGGGUAAGAGGUUUAGAUGUUGUCCUAAGAAGAAGAAUCCUUGCAAUUACUUCCAUUUCCUAGCUGGUGAAGAAAAAAUCGAGGGUAGAGCCAUGGAGUUGCUGCUGGUUUUGAAAGAUAAAGAAUGCAAAGUUUUAAAGAGAAAGAGAAAAUAAUGCAAGAAAAAGAUGAGCUUUUGUUGGAAAAUGGAAGAUUGAUGGAGGAAAAUGGGAAAUUGUGACUGAAAAUGGGAAAUUGUUGCAAGAAAAUCUGCAAUUGAAGAAACACAGUGGAUUAAUGGAUAGAAAGGUGAGUGUUUUGGAGAAGAAAGUGAAGAAGCUGGAGAAGAGAUACUCAAAAGCUGUGAUGAUUAGUGAAGUGAUAUGUUUGAUUUUUUUGAUUUUCAUUGGUUUGAUUUCUGGUGUAUUGCUACUUAGAAUCACCAGAUAUUAGGCAUGUGGGUCUUCGGUUGUGGUUUUUGUGAUUGCAUGUAAGAGAUGGUUUUUGCUGGCUGGAAUAUAUGUAUUUUGGUUAUUUUAUCUAUAAAAAUUUGUUCACUUU